UUUGUAAGUUAUAAUAUUUUUAAGUGAAAUGGAAAUUCAUUCAUCAUUGUAACGUGUCUACAGUGUUGUGCUUGUGUUUGUGUGAAGUCUGAUAGCAGUGUUCCAGAUACAACAUCUUCGAAUUUCUAUAUUUUGAAAAUAGAACAGUUUAAAUUUUCGAAUAAUUUAAAGAUAUUCAAGAGCUCUCUGUUUGCACUGUCACCAAAUACUACACUUUUAGUUAAUGUUAUGAUUUGGAGUACAUCGGAUUUCCGGGUCACCCGAUGAUAAGUAAUCACUGAGUGAGAUAGUUGAAUAUAAUGAAAUCGUGGGGCGAAGCGCUGGGGCGGAGCGCGUCCGGCCACUUCUCUCGUGUUGGGCGUCUCCGACGGGCGCUGGUGUUUCUGGGCGUCGUAGCCUGUACGGGGGUAGCCCUGCUCUACUGGAGACAGCAGACUGGAAAUGACGCUCAUAGACCGCUACAUAACUCAUAUUUAGGCGUUGAGCCACAGUGGUCAUGGGUUUGUCGAAACGACCGCUGCGAGAGACUGCUCGCUUCCGAGACCUCUAUCCUGCAAUCCCUGCCCACGUGCAACAUGCUCUGCGCGUCCACGCAACUGUGGCCUCAGCCGACCGGGCCGGUUAGCCUUGCCACGGUCGCCGUGCCUGUCCAAGCCGGACAGUUCUCACUACACAUCCGCUCCACACCUUCCCGACAAGUUACAGAGCAUCUGACGGAAGCAUUUGGAUUAUUCACAAAAGAUCUAAAAAGUUUGGAAAAGACAAACUCAAUAGUACGACGACCUGAUAUCGGACCUUCCAGAGAUGUCGUAGUUCGUGUGGCAGUAGCUCCGACCGGUAGCGGGGACCCACGAAUGCGAUUGGACACUAAUGAAAGCUACAACCUCACAGUUCGCCCGCGUGGUAACACGCUCCAUGUUGAUAUAUCUGCUUUCUCAUUUUGCGGUGCUCGGCAUGGAUUCGAAACACUUUCACAGCUAGUAUGGUUGGAUCCGUACGCAGGGUCUCUCCUUGCGAUCGAAGCGGCAAGCGUCGAAGACUCGCCCAAAUACGGAUUCCGUGGCGUGCUAUUGGACACGGCCAGAAAUUUCUUCACUGUUAGCGAAAUAAUUCGCACAAUUGAUGCGAUGGCUUCGUGUAAACUCAACACAUUUCACUGGCACGUAAGUGAUUCUCAGUCUUUUCCUUUGAAAUUAAACAGCGUACCCCAGCUAUCACAGUAUGGAGCGUACGGUCCUGGAGCUAUUUACACUUCAGAAGAUAUUACUACAAUCGUUAAGCGGGCGAGCCUGAGGGGAAUACGCGUCUUGAUAGAAAUAGACACUCCGGCGCACAUUGGCCGAGCGUGGGCUUGGGGACCUUCGGCUGGGUUAGGAAACUUGGCAUACUGUAUAGAAGUGGAACCAUGGAGUGCAUACUGCGGUGAGCCGCCAUGUGGUCAGCUAAACCCUAGAAACCCUCAUGUAUACGAUAUACUUGAGCGAAUGUAUACAGAGAUAAUACAACUUACUGGAGUAGACGAUAUAUUUCACCUGGGAGGUGAUGAGGUAUCCGAACGUUGUUGGACACAACAUUUCAACGACACAGACCCCAUGGAUCUUUGGUUAGAUUUCACCCAAAAGGCUUUGAACUCUUUAAUACGUGCUAAUGGAGGCAAAUUGCCAGAGAUGACGCUGCUUUGGUCUUCGCGGCUGACACGUUCUCCAUAUUUGGAAAAACUUGACAAGAAGCACUUUGGGAUCCACGUCUGGGGUGCGUCCAGGUGGCCGGAAUCACGAGCGGUUUUGGAUUCAGGUUUCCGGACAAUAUUGUCGCACGUCGAUGCUUGGUAUCUGGACUGUGGAUUUGGAUCCUGGAGAGACAGCUCUGAUGGGCACUGCGGUCCUUACCGUUCGUGGCAGCAAAUAUAUGAACACAGACCUUGGGCUGAAGAGAUUCCCGGAUUCUCGACUGGGGCUGAGCCUUGGCGAAUAGAUGGCGGAGAGGUUUGUUUAUGGACUGAACAGCUUAGUUCUGGAGGCCUGGAUGCGAGGCUGUGGCCCAGAGCUGCCGCUGUUGCCGAGCGCCUGUGGUCGGAUCGCAUCGAGGGUGCCACAGCUGAUGUCUACCUUCGUUUGGACACCCAAAGAUCGAGACUAUUGAAAAAAGGCGUUGGAGUGAUGCCUCUUUGGCCAAGGUGGUGUACCCACAACCCUAACGCCUGUCUCUAAAUAUAAAUUAAAUUCAGGAUUUUGAACUAUUUAAAUUGUAGAUAGCUCUGUGUUUGUGUGAAUGUCUUAUAGUUCCAAGUUUUAAGGGUUUUUCACUUUAAUUUAGAUCCACAGUAGGUACGUAUCGUUGUACAUAUUAAUUAUAAAUAACUUAAAAACUUAGAAUUAAUAUUUAUCAAGUAGAAAUGAAUUUUUAGGAUAAUUUUAUUAGUUAAAUGAGGUUGUAGGUUUAUGAAGUGAAAAUGAUAAUUACUGCCAUUAGAAAUGCAAAAUAUUUCCUUUCGAUUUCCUGGUUGUUAGAAAAACAGUGUGUAAUUAUUACAAGCGUGUUUUGUUGUGGUUUUUCCUAUACUUAAAUUAUAUUUAUAAUAAUUCGAAUGAAGAUAGAUUGUAAGCUAUUAUAGGUUCUACAAUGGAUUAGGUACUGAAUUGAAUAACUUAAGAAUAAUGUUGUUUUUAUAUAAUACUCAGAUUUUCUGUAGUUAUAUUUGUAUCCAAUUUUCGUUAAGAUUUAGUUAUUGUUAUAAAAUAGUUUUAUAUUAUAUUUUUAAUUCGGACAUUUUUUUAUAAAUCAAGGUAUGUUUUUUAUGUCCUUUUGUACAUUUUUUACGUAAAUCGAUCGUCGAGGCUAUUUACGUACCUCAUUUUUUUUGAUUUUAAGUAUUAUUUAUUAUCGCUUUUUAAGUAUAAUCAAUUACUACAAUAUAUUUAAAAGGAUUGAAUACUAAAAAAACAAUAAUUUAAUUUAAUAAAAAUAUUUGAAUUCAUUAUUGUCCAAAAUCUCUCGACUCUGAUCCAAAUUACUCCUGCAAUUUCUAAAAGUCUACAUCAAUUUUUUUUUGUCAGGGUUCGAUCGAAGCAUGUUGAAAUAUCUAAUUCAAAUCAUUUUCUAUAUUUCUCUGUCAAGUUAUUAUUUGAUGUAAGUAUAUAUUUACUAUAACAUUACGGAAAGCCGAGAGACGAUUGCAAUAAUUAUUUAUCACGUUCGAAUACACACCAAAUAAGACCUCAACGUACCGGAAGACACAGUGUUGGUAGGCCCCCCACAAGAUGGAGCGACAUCUGGACCGAUCUGGUCAAGAUCGCCGGAAUACGUUGGAUGAGGACAGCGCAGGACCGAUUGCAUGGAGAUCUUUGGGGAAGCCUUUGUCGAGUUUGUACAGUAUACCAGUGGGAGGCUCCUGUGCACAGGAUGUCUGCUAGAUUAUGGGUACCACAACGGCGCCUAUUUUUGCCGUGAAACAGUAAUUCAAAUUCAAGAUAGGAUGUGACAUUCCAUAUUGAAAGUCAAAAAACUACCACCCAUUCCAAAAUGAAUGCCUCAGGCCUGAGAAGAACGGGCGCAACAAACUCAGCGGGCUUUUUUUUUCAUCAAAAAAUAUGUUUACAAAGUAACAUUGUACAAUUAAACUUAUUAUUUAAUAGCCUGAGGGCGGUCGCUCCAUUCCCAAUUUGUAAUGUCAUAUUUGUAAACAUUACUGUGUUUAGUCUGAAGGGCGCCGUAGCUAGUGAAAUUACUGGGUAAAUAAGACUUAACAUCUUUUGUCUCAAGGUGACGAGCGCAAUUGUAGUGCCGCUCAGAGUUUUUGGGCUUUUCAAGAAUCCUGAGCGGCACUGCAUUGUAAUGGGCAAUGCAUUAUUUUGAUUAAAAAAAAGCAGUGAACGUCUUCCGGCUGAUGAUGAGGUUAUAUAUAUGCUUUGGAGAUUUUUUUUUACAAAUUUGUAUAGAUCGCUGCAGUUAAAAGUAUUCGGAGGUUCUAUUUGCUGAAAUCGAAGUGAAAGUAAAUAUUUUUAAAGAAAUUUCCUUUUUAUAAGGGGUUAUAUUAUAUUAAGUUGAUCAGGUAUCCAAUGGUUUGAGAUUUGGUGAUUGUAAAUUUUCCCAUUUCUCGCACAGUGAUUUAAGACUAAAAUAUUAUGUUUUAAGUAAUCGUGAAUAGGUUUUGUACUGUGUUUAGGUCAAAGAUACGUAAGAAAUUAAAAUUAAGUAUUUUUACGUUACUUUUUGC